AUGAUGGUGUUUUGCUCGUUGGUCGAAUAUGCAGCAGUAGGAUAUAUUAACAAACGAAUGAAGCUGAAGGAAAGCAAAUUUAAGGAAACGAGAACUGAAAGAACUUUACCUCCUAAUGAGCCACCACCGACUCGUACCGUAUCUGUACCCGCGUACUUCAAUCGCGGUUAUAGACCCUUCUAUUCCUCAACUGACACUAAUUCAAACCUCUACAUUCCCGAAAGUCAACGUGUACCUCUGACAUUCCAGGAAUUGGACUGCCAUUGUUCCAUACCUCCUCCAGAAGAUGAGCCGCGGCUA